CCUCUUAACUGAGUUAGAGGGGGGAAGGGCAGAACGGGUGGCCUCUCUCACACAUAAUCACAAUCCUAAGGAAAGAACAGAAAGGAAAGGGAAAAGGUGCCUUUCUAAAAGCUCACUGCAGUGAAACAAAAGCUUCCAGGAUUCUGUUUGUGCAAAAAAAAAAUCAGAAAUAGAUAGAGAGUGAGAGAGAGAGAGAUAGGUGCAUUACAAAAUGUCUGCUGAGGACUGCUUUAGUUAUGUAGCGAAUGAAAAGCACAGAAGAGCACGCAAUUGGACAGACUCAGAAAUGAAAGGGCUUCUGUACAUCUGGGAAGAGUAUGUCACUGAGCUCAAGAAGGCCAAACGCAAUGCUAAGAUCUACGAAAUGAUGGCUAAGCGACUGUAUGACCUGACCGGCGAGCAUCGUCACAGGGAGGAGAUAAAGAUGAAAAUCACCAACAUGACAUUCCAGUACAGGCAAGUGAAGAUGAAGCACACAGCCAAUGGUGGUGGUGGCACUCCUGACUGGCCAUACUACAAAGCAAUUGAGAGGAUUUUGUCCAAGAUACCAGAGCAGAACCAUAUGAGCCCAUUGGACCCUCAACUUACUGGAGCAUCCACUUCACAACCUGAAACCUCUGUACCUCAACCUGGGACACCAGUCAUAGGCUUCAUACCUGAAUACACUGGAUCCUCAGAGGAAAGGGAGGUCAAAGAGGAGGAUGAUGAUGGGACAGAGAUCUCUGUGAGUUCCUUCGAGUCCAGGUCUCAGCCUAUGAAGAGGCAGCGAUUGUCGCAUACUACAUCACUGCGCCGCAGAAAGUUGCGCGUGAUGGAAGCGAUGCUUAAAGAGCAGAGGAAGAUGAACCGUGCUGUGGAAGACACAUGCCGAGAAGUACGACGUGUAAUGCACCAGCAAAACUUCCUGCAGGUACAAAGCCUGCAGCUUCAGGAGAGAAUGAUGAACUUGCUGGAGAAAAUGAUCCCAUCUACAAGCCACCUUACAAACACACAUACCUAAAUGUAACUUAACCAGCAUUUGUGUGCUAUUCAUAAAUCAGUAUUCACAGCUUCACAAAACUAUUGAAAUACACAGUUCUGUUCAAUGUGUUUCUUUUUUUUACCUUUACACUACUUGGGAAAGAUAAUGGAUCACGAACUUGCUAUAGUCAAUGCUUUCACAUAGAGUGAAAAAGUGUACUCAGUGUAAAACAGUUUAAAAUUCAGAAUCACAAAAUUCAGUAUCUUACAUGAAAGGAACACUACUUGAAGUAAAUUCAUUGAUCUUUACUAUUGCAUAUUUGGUACAACAUUUGUAUUAUUAAGUAUAUAUAAGUAUAAGUAUUAUUAAAAGACUGGAGAUGUCACGCUAUGAUGCUAUACAACAUGAUCACUUUUAUUCUUUUUUUGUGUGUCUUUUUUAUGCAAAAAUUGUGA